AUCUAUGGCAAAGCUACCUAAGAAAAAAAGAAGAUGGUCAAUAGUAAUAUAGAAACUUGGGUGAUUUUUAAAAUCACUAGUGACAUCGUCUAAUAAGCAAGUGUUUUAGGCUUUCUUGACAAAAAGAGCCUUUGGUCAAGGCACAAACUUACUUGAGAAUCCAACUAAAAUUAGCUUACUAACCAAUCCUUUGCCCCAUUAUAUACUAUUCCGAUUCUUUCACACCCCCAAGACAACAAUCAAAGUAAAACCACCUCAUAGACCUGAAAAAUCCUUUGUCCUUAUGGCCUCAAACAAAAGACUCAAAACCUCCCUAAACCCCAUUGAUGCCUGCACCACUUGUUAUCAAACACCUUCACUCUCCGCGGAAAUUGUAGCCAACAAUGAUGAUCUCCUAACAGAAAUCCUAGUUCGCUUGCCCAUCAAGCUUCUCCUGGCCUUCAAAUCCGUUUCCAAACGCUGGCUUGCUCUCAUUUCCAAUCCCCAUUUCUGUCGCCGCCGCACCCCACUCUACAAGCCCAACUGCGGCCUUUUCUCGCCACCCCGUUACAGGAUAGGAGCAGGUACUAGUACCAACCUCGUAUAUGACUAUGUCAAUCUCUCUAGUCCAGUCCAGUCCCGCAUCCCAAACAAACCUUUACGUCUCUCUUUCACAACCGAUCCCAUGGGUGGGAUCAAAAUCAUGCAUUCUUGUAAUGGAUUGUUGUUAUGUUCUUCUCACCGUGGACCCGAUAGAUGGAUAAAGUACUACGUCUACAAUCCUCCCACCAAGCACUAUACUAUCCUUCCUCAGCUGCCUGUUCGCAGUGGAGGUCGUAGGAGUAUUAUGGGAUUUAGUUUAGCUUUUGAUCCUUCCAAAUCGCCUCGCUACAAAGUUGUUUGUGUUCGGAGCCUCAGAUCCAUGCAAAAUCAAUUGGACUUUGAGAUUUAUUCGUCCGAGAUGGGACCUUGGAGGCUCAGCAGUGAGUCUUUCUUCUCACCCAUAUCAACACAUAAUCUUCACUUCAAUGUAAGUGAAUUUUGGAAUGGUGCAGUUCCCUGGAUCACUACUUGGGAUAAUUGGGAAGCUGCAGGUGGUCUAUAUUUCAAUGUGGAGAAAGAGCGUUUAAGCCAAAUGCCAGUGCCUCCACUACUUGUGGAGGAUUCGGAGGAGAAUAGGAAUCAAAGAAAUUUCAUAUGUUUUGGAGAAUAUGGAGACCAUUUGCAUCUUCUUGAAAUUUACAAUCCUCCAUCAACAUAUUUCAAUGUGUAUGAGAUGCAGACAGACUAUUCAGGUUGGUUUGUUAAGUUCCGAGUGGAUGUUGCUCAAGUUGCUGAGAGAUGUAUACUCGCAGUUCAGGACUUAUACCGGUUCUUGUUGUCCAAUCUAAUCUGUGUGGUUUGCAGUGAGGUUGAUGAACAGUCAUAUAUGGUGAUGCACCUUCCAGAUGCAAUUGUAAAGUAUUACUUGAAGACUAAUAGUUUAAUGAAGCUUUGCGAUAUUGAUGAUCAUUAUGGUGGUGAAAAUGUUGUAGUGUAUAAGAGUUGGACUAGUACAUAUCAAUACACUGAGUCUUGCUUAUGUGUGAAAAUUUGA